UUGGAGUGAAGGUGGGUUGAUUGUAUUAACUUUUGUUCGCAUUGGUUAGGGGAAGAAGUUGUGUUUGCGAUAUUAGGGGUACCGUGGUUUGGUUUAUAGUGGCUUCAAUGGAAUCACUGUUGGAGGACCCCUUUUAAGUUGGAUACCCAUAACAGUGCAACAUUUUGAUUAACAGCAAUUCCGAAGGUUUAUUUAGGAAGAUGAGUAAUGUGGUUGAAGUUGUAGUAACAAGUGAGGGUUCUGGACAGCUUUGGAAUGCCUGUGUGUGGGAUCCACGUGUAGGAUCUCCCUUGAUGACAUACAGAGGUGGUGGAGUGGCUGCACCACAUUCGUUAUGUUUACUGGGAAAGGAUUAUUUGAUAAUAAGUGAUCAUACAAAGCCAGUGCUACAUGCAUGGCAACUUAACAGCCAACAACCAGUUCUGGCAAAAGGUGUACGAUUAGUGUGUCCUGGAUGUGUCACUUCAGUGGCUGUUUCUCCUGAUGGUUGUUAUUGUGUGACUGCAGUUGCUGAGAAGCUGCAUGUGUGGCAGAUAGCUUCAGGUCGUCAUCUUGCAGUGGCUGUACGCCACUUUCAGUCAAUAAGUUGUGUUCGUUUUACUGAUGAUGGUUCACACUUUGUGUCAGGUGGAGAAGACGGACUUGUACUUGUUUGGUCACUAGCUUAUUUAGUAUCAAAUAAUGCAGGUGAAAUGAUUUCAGGUCAAAAUGAACCUCGCCAUGUGUUCGCAGACCAUUCUCUGCCAGUGCGAGACUUAUAUGUGGGGCCUGGUGGCAUGAGGGCACGCCUUAUUUCUGUAUCAAUGGAUAGAACUUGCAAAUUGUAUGAUUUGGCUUCGGGAAAUCUUCUUUUGUCUGUUGUAUAUGAUUGUCUUUUGUCAGCAGUAACAAUGGAUACCACUGAGAUAGAAGUAUUUGUAGGUGGUAGUGACAGUAAUAUCUACCAGUUUGGAUUACAUUCCCCACCACGUAUGCAAGAAUAUCAUCUCUCAAAAGAAGAGAAGUCUAAAAAGUUUGCAGGGCAUACCAAGGCAGUGACAUGUUUAUCUGCAUCUGUUGAUGGUGUCACAUUGCUGUCUGGCUCGUUGGAUAGUGAAGUAAUGUUGUGGCAUAUUCCAAGCAGGCAGUGCAUGAAGGUUUUACAUCAUAAGGGUCCUGUCACAAAUGCAUUCUUCACCCUUGCACCAAAAUGCAUUUUCUCAGAAGAAAUGAAACCUACUCUUGUGUUACGUAGUUUUCAGAAGAGUUCAGAUCUAAAUGAAGAAGGAACUGUGGCAGUAAGUAUCCAGAUGACCCAGGAUAAGUGGUAUGGAGUUGAUGAUUAUUAUUAUUAUGAUAGUAAAUCUGACCACAUGGCUGUAACCUCCAGUACUACUGAAGACAGUGGAUUAAAGGAACAAAUUAUUUCACUGAAAAAGAUUAAUUCUGACCUCUAUGGGUUUGCACUAGAGAAGAUUCUGCAACCGUUUAGCAGUAACCAAACUGAGGAUGUGAAAAGUAACAGAUCAAAUUCAACCCAACCUGCAGCUUCAAAAUCACUAAUGAAGGCUCAGAAGUUGAAGAAAAAGAAGUCUAAGAAGUUGAAUAACUAAUACAGUCCUUGUUUACAGGUUUUGUAGACCUUGAGUACUUGAAUAUCCUACAUGAUUGAGGAGUAUCCCAGUCUACUGAGUACGGUUUCUUUGCUUGUAUCUGGCUACAAUUUGAACUCAGGCCACGGUGUAACCUGCUACAUGUAAUACAGAAUUCAUUGAAUUUUGUUAAAAUACAUGGGUAUUGAAACAUUACUUGUUUAAAUAAACACAUUUAUGCUUCUAUUUA